AUGUCUACUUCGCCCUCGUUACGCUCCUCCUCGUUUGGAGACAUGCCGAGUCCCUCUACGCCAGACUCCACACCAUCUACCGCCUCACGGGGAGGCUAUUUCUCUGUUGCUCCCAAGUCCGAGUACCUUAAAAAUGCAAUUCAUGCACGGAGGGCCCAACCAAGUCCAUCUCUACCGCCCCAGGAUUCGAUACCCAAGUCUUCUUCGCCUGCGCCAAGCUUCACACAACAAAGUGCCUCCCGAGUCUCACCAGAUAUCUUUCUCCAGUAUGCUCUAUCCGAAGAACAAACAGCGCCUGUUUCUCCCGUCCAGCGAAGACGACCCUCCGACUUUGGCUAUGCGACAUCCAAGACGAACAGGGAACUUAGCAAAGAGGUUGAAAGGCUCAAGGAAAGUCUCAUGACUGCCAACCUGCGACUGGAGUUGCUCAGCAGACACAAAAAGGAAUCACAAGACAAACUUGCCUCAGCCUUGGAAACAAUAGAGCGCCUUGAGCCCAUCGAAGACGAGGUCCAUGAUCUCCGCGCUGAAAAUAAGAAACUAAAGCUUAGAGUCAACAGCAUGAAAGAGGAAAUGGCACGCCUCAACAAAGUCAACGAGGACCAUCGCAAGAUCAACGAAGAGCUCACUACCAUCGCAAGCGAGAGUGCUGCACACUGGUCAGCUCACGAAUCCGCCAUUGACGAAGCAGCUGAAUGUAUCAUCAAGAUGGAAGAGGAGAAAGCUGCCCUCUCCCAGGAGCUUCAGGAGCUCAAGGACCGAGUUGCUGCCAUUGAACGUGUCUCUUCCGAAACCCCACUCACCGUUGGCCUUGACAAGUACCCAUCGCGUGUCUACAGUGUCGACGAAUCGCGGCCUUCGACUAGUCAUUUUGACUCGGACUACUAUAGUCAACCGGAUUCACCCCAGCCAAAGCCAAGCAGCGAAUCGGUCAAUUCUUUGAGGCCUUCAGAGCGAUCAAGAAAAUUUCUUGAUUCGACUGAGCAACACAGACGAUCAGCUCGCGAUCUGGUCAAGCGCAUGUCGGCAGCAUCCCUACGAGCACUUUGUGACACAACUCCGUCUCCUAUCUAUCAACAGCAAAUUGCUACUGUUGAAGAGGAAGAAGACAGAUCGCCCACUCCCCGGAAAACUUCUGUACAGCGCCGCAGGGGCUAUGAGGCUGCUUCACCGGCUUUGAUGCCUGCGGCAGAAAUUUGCCCUUCUCGGCCUCAUACCGUGGCACCAUACGCAGAAACAACAUCCCACCCAGAUGGCCUUCGUGGCCUAUACCAUCCUGAUCGAGCUAGGAAUCGCAGAGCAAACAACCUCCGCUCAUCUUCGGGCCAAUUCGGGAGUCCCACAAGUUCACAUCGUCUUGCCACUCGUCCAGAGACUACAUACGAAACAUGGCAACGGCCUGGAUUCGCAGACUCUGAAGUCGAUCUUACGUCGGUAGUCGAUCCGUUAGAAGACAAAGAGCGGUGGUGGCGUAGCAUGGACCGCCUAACUAUUGAACAACAACUAUCCAAACCCGAGAACCGGCGAAGCUCAAUGCUCUCGUCACUCCGGUCGGAUCGGUGAUGAAUGACAAGGACCUUCGACGAAGCAAGAAAUCAUGUGCUUCAGCCAAGGCCGACUUGCCGCAUGUCUCUCGUCGCUAAACCUACUUGUCACAGGUGGAAGAGGGCGAUACGGUUCUUUCUAGACAACACGCUCUAUGGAAAGGCUACUGUAAUACCCUAAUGACGUCUAUGACCUUUGAAUCUUUUUUCUUUACAUCCUUCAACUGGCGUUUUACCAAAGAAGGAACCAAUCAAAACGUACUCCACAUCAGGAGAAUAAUGACGGCUAGGCGUAACAUCAACAGUGCAUCAGCAUCACGAAGCACGGGGUUGGGUAAGUGUUUUUGUCCACUUGGAGUUUAGCCAAGUAGGUAUAUACAUGUGAUACCUUGAAACUACAUUGUUUCGUUGUGACUAUAUAAAGCACAUCCGUGUUUGUACAAUUAUUAUUAUUAUUAUCAUUAUUAGUUAGUAUUAGUAUAAGUAUAGUUAAUCCACUCUAUUUCGAUCAU